CCUCAUGAUUCCUUCUCCUCCUCUCUAUAUCUGCCCAUCUCCGUUGAUCACACAAACGCACUCACAUCAAAGCCUGGAAAUGGAAGUUGUGGAAGAUACUGUCAUUGUGGGUGCUGGGAUAGCAGGCCUUGCUGCUUCUUUAGGACUUUACAGAAUGGGAUUGAGAAGCGUGGUUCUGGAAUCCUCGGACAGCUUGAGAGCAACUGGGUUUGCGUUCACAGCAUGGACCAAUGCUUGGAAGGCCUUGGAUGCUCUUGGCAUUGGUGAUUCCCUUAGGCAACAACAUGUCCAGCUUCAUGGGUUGGUUGUUGCCUCCGUUGCCACCGGACUUGCUACCUCACAAGUGUCGUUUAUAGCAAAAGGGAAACUAGGAGACCAUGAGGUCCGGUGUGUGAGAAGGAACAUGUUGCUCGAAGCGCUGGAAAGGGAGCUACCCCGCGGCACCAUCAGAUUCGGCUCAAAGGUGGUUUCCAUUGAGGAGACAUGGAAUUUGAAGCUGGUGCAUUUGGCAGAUGGUUCGAUCCUUAAAGCGAAGGUCUUGGUCGGAUGUGAUGGAGUGAACUCAGUGGUGGCCAAAUGGUUGGGUCUGCCGAAACCACCCUUCCCACGGCGUUCGGCUGCAAGGGGCAUUGCUGAGUACCCAGGAGGACAUGGUUUCAAGUCUGAGUUUUUGCAGUACGUUGGAGAUGGCUUCCGGUCUGGUUUCUUGCCAUGCGACGAAAAGACCAUCUACUGGUUUUUCACUUUCAUUUCGUCACCCCAAGCUAAAGAUGCGGAAGAAAACCCGGCCAAGAUGAAACAUUACUUGUUGAGCUUGCUUCAGAAAGCGCCCAAAGAAGUAACAGGCAUCAUAGAAAAGACUGAACUGGAUACUAUCCUUUCAUCUCCAUUGAGAUUCAGGUUUCCAUGGGAUGUUUUGUGGGGGCGCAUAUGCAAGAACAAUGUUUGUGUGGCUGGCGAUGCAUUCCAUCCAAUGACUCCGGAUCUCGGCCAAGGAGCCUGCUCGGCAUUGGAAGACGGUGUUACUCUGGCAAGGUGCAUUGGUGAGGCCUUGCUGGGGAAAUCCACUGCAGGAGGAGAUGAAAGUGGUAGGAUAAGUAGGGGCUUGGAGAAGUAUGCCAAGGAAAGGAGAUGUAGAGGCUUUGAUCUCAUCCCUACUGGCUACGUAUUAGGUUUUAUACAACAAAGCAAUGGGGUGGUGAUGAGCUUCUUGAGGGAUAAGUGUUUGGCUGGAUUCAUGGCUGGGAUGUACCUGAAUAAGGCCGACUUUGAUUGUGGGACCCUCUUCAGGGAUUGAAAUUGCAAUAUGACUUGCACCAGAUGCGAUGCCCACCCCUGAUGCUACUAGAAUAUGAAGCCCUGAUCAGUCCAAUUGGUACCCGUGCGGGCCACACUCGAGUGGUGGAGCCCACUGAUUGAAUGGAUCAUACCGUUGCUUGAUUUGUCUACUUCUGUCUUUUGCGAUUGUCUAAAAUAGGGCUUGUUAAUGGGCUUUAUUGACUAUGUUGUAAUAAGUUUGAUAGUCCAGUGGACUACCGUUCUUGUACCUAAUAAUAAAAUUGUUGGCUUUACAAA